UGGGUGUGUGGCUCACCUGUCCCCAGCGCGCAGGGCCGCUCGCCCCCCACUGCCCAGCCAUGAGCAAGUUGGGCAAGUUAUUUCGAGGGACCCGCUCCUCUCGGGCCCGCGCGGCUCCCAACCCCCAGGAGGCUCUGGCCCGCCUCAGGGAGACCGAGGAGAUGCUGGCCAAGAAGCAGGAGUACCUGGAGAGCCGAAUCCAGAGGGAGCUCGCCCUAGCCAAGAAGCACGGCUCCCAGAACAAACGAGCUGCCUUGCAGGCGUUGAAAAGGAAGAAGAGGUUUGAGAAGCAGCUCACGCAGGUUGAUGGCACCCUGUCCACCAUUGAGUUCCAGCGGGAAGCGCUAGAGAACUCGCACACCAACACUGAGGUCUUACGGAACAUGGGUUUUGCAGCCAAGGCAAUGAAAGCCGUUCAUGAAAACAUGGAUCUGAAUAAAAUCGAUGACUUGAUGCAGGAUAUCACAGAGCAGCAGGACAUUGCUCAGGAAAUCUCAGAAGCCUUUUCUCAAAGGGUUCAGUUUGCUGAUGGCUUUGAUGAGGAUGAGCUGCUGGCAGAACUUGAGGAACUGGAGCAGGAAGAAUUAAAUAAGAAGAUGACAAAGAUGCAGCUUCCGAAUGUGCCGGCUUCUUCCCUCCCCUCACAGCCCAGUAGGAAGCCCAGCAUGCCCUCCAGUGCACACCGAUCUCGAGCAGUGUCAUCCAGGAGGACAGAGGACGAUGACGACUUCCAGCAGCUGGCAGCUUGGGCUACUUAAGCUAAAAUGGGAACCUCUGACGCCUAAAUUAUUGAACUACACACAAGACAUAAAUGCUUUUGCAAAGCCUAGAAGAUAGCAGUGACCCGUUUUAUGAAUUCCUGUCUUUUACAGUUAAGUCAUGUGUAGACACGUCAGGCCUGGAAAGGGGCUGGUAGCAUCAUAGAAGAUUCUUCCAGACUGAUGGAGUGGGGUCUAUCUGCUUUAUUCUCUACUGUAUUUUAGUUCUGGUACAAGUUGAUUCUUUAUGUAUAUAUAUAUUGAAAGAAAACUGAUUCUACUGACAUUUAAUACAUAUUCCAGCUUGUAAGUCAUCCUCGGGCGAUACCUAGGGUAACUGGGGGUGAUGUCUAUGCAAAUACAAGGCUGCUGUGUGCGUCCAGGUCACCCACAGUAAAUAUAAAUGCGCUUCUAGAACAGAUCUGAAGAGAAGUCCUCAGUGAGUCUAUAUAUACAGUUUCAAUUGAGUUUCAGGGUUGAAAAUCUUCAUGGAGCUUUAAUUGACAUUUAUUAUGCUGGUUGAGCUUUGAGAGGGGGCAUGCAUCGCCCCAAAUGUCUGACUGCACAAGCAGUUUAGCCUGCCCACCAGGACUCUCCGGGGUGUGAUUCAGCUGUUUAGAAAGCCAAGUUAACACAGACCGCCAUGCUGCUGCUGCUUAGGCUUCCCAGGAAUGCCCAUUGCUUCCUGUUGUGUGGUCUCCUGUGCACUAACAAAACGAAACAAUGCUUCACAGCAUGUGCCUCAUAAAAAUACUAAAAUACUGGCAAUUAAAAAUAUAUCUGGAGUAAAAUUUUGCUCAUAAUUAUGGUUAAAUGAAGAUAAAUUAUAAACAGGUAUCUUGCGUGCCAUAUCAGACGGUAAAAUGACAAACACCACAAUGCAAGGUUUUCUGAUGCCCUCUGCACUCCUUUGAGCAUCGCUGCAGCAUGGAGGAGGAGCACCAUGAGACCUUGUUCCGGCUCAGUGGUCCCAUUCUGCCGCAGGUAUUUGGCACUUGCUCUUUCUCUUGGCAUUUUUCCUGCCCUGCACAACACACACACCAAAUCCUCCUCAUUCUUUAAAUUCUGGAUAAAAUAUUCCAUCUUGGAAAACUUUAAAAAAUUUUUUUCCAGACUAUAUGCUUGCUUUUACAGCACUCAGCUUUCUGUCAUGGCAUUUUCCAUGUUCUCUCAACACAUAACCUGAGUGCAUUUCCUGUGGGUCUGCGAUAGGGGGAGGGAUGAGGCUGCUUUAAAUAGUGUGUUUUCAGGACUCUUCAAAAUCUCUCAUGUACCUUCUGUCCCUAAGCCAAGCCUGGGAAGCAGCAACAGUGUUAGACACUGAAGGAGAGACAGCUCUGGACAGUGAUGCCCAAGGGAGGCUGACACACUGCUCAUCCCGUGUCCUGGCUCACACACCACCCACAUGCCCGCUGAGUGCAGCUAGCUGCGGGGAAGGGGAGGCACAAAGCCCCCACCAGACUGGUGAAACUUGUAAGGCGAGUGAAUUUUAAUUAUGCUUAAUUUUAGUUAAUUUAAUUAAAAAACAUUUCUCAAUGCAUUUAUUAGAAACAUUGAAGUAUUUCAGCACCUUCGUUCUGCCUUUCCAGCAGUUAAAUGUGUGACGUCUGUCUAUGGGCCAGUAUUUGUAUCUGUCCGUCUUUCUGCCUCCUCACUUCUUUCCACCUCUCUGAGAUUUUGAGGCACAGCCUCACCAUGUAGCACACGAGUUCACUUUAUACCUCAGGCUGACAUUGAACUUCACUCCUCUGGCUUUAGCCUCCAAAGCCCAGGAAUUACGGGCUCCCAUUGCUGUGACCAGCACUGGGAAGAUAGUUACAGCUGAUCUAAGAGGCAUUCUCAGUGUAAAAUACACAUUGGAUUUCAAAGACUUGGUGAACAAAACUGUAAAAUAUCUCAUUAGCAAUUGCAUCUUGAUUAUAUGUAGAAAUGGUAUUUUUAAAUGCUUUGCAUUGAAUAAAAUACAGUAUUGGAAAUUUA